ACGAAGCAAUGAAUUUCGCGUGACCAUCUUCAAAUCCCGAAUAUAGCGUUGCCAAUUUCACCAAGUUCAAAUUUAAGUUAAACUUGAAAGAUAAGUAAGAAAAUAUAAAAAUAAUAUUUCGUUUCAGAAUUCAGUAACAGCAGAUGGUAUUGUGGAAUCUCACAAUUACAGUAGGAAGAGAAAUGUUUUCUGAACAAAGGAACUUUCGGAAAAUUUGAAAAUAAAAAUGGGGUUGGCGACAAUGUAUUUUGGUUAUUUCAUUUUACUGUUGAUGUUCCAUAGCAGCCUUUCGGAAGUAUAUUGCCCCAAGAAAUUUCGGAAUAAAAAAAGUCACACAGCAUGUUUAGAAAAGUCGCCUAUGUUGAAGGAAUCACUGACUGUCACUGCUGUGCAGAAGUCUAUUCUAAUCGCUUUGCACAAUAGUAUUCGAGCCAAAGUUCAACCACCAGCCUGUAAUAUGUUCAGAAUGCACUGGGAUAAUGAAUAGGCCUAUAUAGCACAGAAAUGGUCCGAUAAUUGUGUGCAGAAACAUGAUGAAAUUCUAAACAGAAAUAUACCUUUGAAAUAUAAUGUUGGUCAAAAUAUAGCUGCAAAAUUUUCCAAAUGGUAUGAUGUCAUAAAUUAUUGGCGUUCUGAAGGCAAGGAUUUUAAAUAUGGUAAAAUUCAUUUGAAGAAUACAACAUACUACACACAGUUAGUGUGGGCGACAUCAAUUUUAUUUGGUUGUGGUGCCUCUCUUUGCUCGAAUAUUGGCACGUUCUAUGUUUGUAAUUAUGCUCCUGCAGAUAACAUAAUCGGGGAAGAACCAUACAAACGCUGCGAUAAAAGGAGAAAUUUGAAGGAUUGUGGUCAUAAUCCUUGUUACAAUUUCGGAAUUCUUAAUAUCGAAGACUGUUCUUGUAGUUGCUAUGAACAAAGCCAUACGUAUGGCCUUAAUUGUUUACUAAACUGUUCGUUUUCUGACAUCAGUAUUCAAUGCAAGAGAAGACCCGUGGAUUAUUGUCAUUACGCCCAUCUUCGCCCUUCGUGUCCCUGGCUCUGCAAAGAAUGCAACAUUGCAUCUUGGUCUCAAAGAACUAAUUGGUUCCUUCUUUUCGUUGUACAAAUAUUUAUUCCGGGUCUAAAAAUGUGUACACAUUAAUAUUAUCAUAAGAUCUAAAUU